GAUUUCCAGUAGAGCUUUCCUUUUUUUGUGCUGUAUGGGUCUCUAACUGCUGCAAUUCUAGUCAGACAAAUCCAUCCUCAGUCAUAGACCCAUUGUUUCUAAACGACAACUGCAGUCCUUUUACUCCUCUCAAGGUGCAGUGUCCGUGUGGAUGCACAACCUCCAGAACAUCGUAUGGUUUCCCAACUUCAAGUCCUCUACCUAUUCUGGGCCAGCCGUCAAGGCAUACGCAGGAGUUCGCGGCAUUGAUUUAGCAACAUUUGUGGAUAAAAGGGGCCACACUGUCGUGAGCGACCGUUGGCUUACAGGAGGGUAUAUACAAGGUGCCGGACACUCCGCCCUCACGAACCUCUAUGGACUGGCUGCCGAUCAAGCACUCGAAUUCGAGGUAAUCACAACACAAGGACAAUACCUCAUUGCCUCAGCAACUCAGAACAAAGACCUUUUCUGGGCUUUGAGCGGCGGUGGAGGAGGAACCUAUGCUAUUGUGUGGUCUGUCACAGUAAAAGCUCAUCCAGACACCUCUGUUUCUGCCGGUUUCCUCAAUUUUACGUCUACCGGUAUAUCCCCCGAUGUGUCAAGCUCUCAUUCCCGGUCUCGCCGAUUCCAAACUCUGGGCAGUAGCUACCUACUCGGCUACAUUUUUCAACAGCAUUCGAGCCCGAGGUUGCUAUGAGGCCAACCUCGCAGCUCUUUGGUCACCUAGAAAACGCUGUCCUUCCCGCAUGGUGAGAAGCGCAGACAAUGGUUCUGCCGUUCCAGCUUUUUGAGGUCGCUACCCUUAGAGCAAAUAGUUUAGGAUCAAGCAAGGAUCACUGCCAGUCAGCUUAUGCCCCCUUUGAAAAACUUAACACCGGGCUUGGGAUCGUAUCUUAAUGAGGCUGACCCCAACGAUCCCGAUUUCAAGCAGGUAUUUUACAGUGAGAACUACGACAAGCUGCUCACUAUCAAGGAUUAGUGGGAUCUCGACCAAAUUCUACACGGUUCGGUUACUGUUGGAGGAGAUAGAUGGCAUCAGCAAGACGAUGGAAGGCUUUGUCGAACCGUACUUUCAUGGUGAGGUUGGGCGGCGCCAUCCACACUGCAAGAGUUGCCGUUCGGUCUCGCGCCAUCGCCGGCCUCGAGAGCACAAUCCAAAAUUGCAGGGAAGCAUGCCAACAGAUUU